CUUUUAUACAUGAGAGAUGUAUGUUGUGUUAGUCUAGAUGUGCGGUUGUAGCUUGAGAUCUGCCUGUUUUAAAGUGGUAGAAUUUCCUAACUUAGGUCUGUUUGAAGAGGAUCUCCGGGAUUGUUCUUCUAUUUUCCUUGUUUUUCAUUCAUUGAUGUGUUUGGUGAGCCUCGAUUUUGGAUUUGGCUACUGCGAUGUGAAAUUUUCUUUUAGUGAUUGAAUAUGGCACGUGAAAUCAUGCAUGAUCUGCUCGGAGCUGUUACGACUUUAGGAUUUUUUUUGUGGUGGUGAGUUCCGAGGUUGCUUUAGAUGGAAAUGAUUUAUUGUAGUGAAACUGGCGGAAGUGCGAAAGGAAGUCCAGUGUCCAAUAUGUUUAGGCAUCAUUAGGAAGACAAGAACAGUCAUGGAAUGCUUGCAUCGCUUUUGCAGAGAGUGCAUUGACAAAUCCAUGCGACUUGGCAACAACGAAUGUCCUGCUUGCCGCACUCAUUGUGCUAGUCGACGUUCUCUAAGAGAUGAUCCCAAUUAUGAUGCCCUGAUCGCCGCUCUCUAUCCAGACAUCGAUAAGUACGAGGAAGAGCAGGAACUGGCUUUCCAUGAAGAGGAGAGAGCUCGCAAUAAGCAGAUCCAAGCUUCUAUUGCCCAGACUUUCCGUCGUCAAGCUGAAGCUCUAGGAAAGAAAAGAACAACAAGAGCUACAUCCGCAACAUUUGUCAGGAGGCAGGGCAAUCAUCGAAAUUUGCGAGGUCGGAGAAACCGUGCUGCUGAACGCAACGGAUCUGAUGAAGAGGAAGGUAUUAAUGGACAUGAUGAGAGUAAAGACUCAUCCUCAACUGACGAGCACUCUGAACCCAAAACGAAAAGAUACAAAAAAUGGGGAGGAGCUCGGAGAUCACAGCCAUCACCGGGGGGUAGUGGAGAUGAUGCUGAUGAUUCAGAAGCAACCAGGGGAAUACUUGGUGCAUCUUCUACACCACAUGGCAGUAUAGAACUUAUUGCCUGGGGAAGAGGCCGCAAUCGCAGUAAUAACCGACAUGGUGGCCUGAAUUGGUCAAAUGGUAGGGUUACUAGGGGUCACCGGUUGUCAAAGCUGACUAAUCGUCUGAAAUCUUUACAUGAAAAUGAUGAAAUGUUGAAAAUCAGUGUCAUGAUUGUCUCACUGCACGAAGAGACGAUACCCAACUUGAAGCGACCGUACCUCUGCUGCAGCCCCACAUCGUCAGUGAGACACUUAUGCCAGUAUGUUGCUAUGCAGACAUCCAUGGAAGCCAGUGAGAUUGAGAUGCUAAUAAUAAAAGACUUCCAUCCUGUGAACAACUCGCAAAUUCUCCCGAAAGAAUCUGGUGCCUUAGAUCCUAACCAGAACGAGCUGCAUUUGUUGGAUGAGCAGCAAACUUUGGAGGAAAUUAAUGCCAGGUUUACUCAGCACCAUCUGGUUUUUGCAUACCGGCCAAAGGCGAAACCCGAAGGGAAGUGAUGAUAACUUAAAUCGGUCUUCCUGUGCCAGAACAAUGCAGGAAGCAGGAAGUAAGUUUCCUGCAGCUUUUCUAAUUAUAUACAUGUAUAUUCCUGUCCAGCUCAAGUGGUUUUACAAGUAAAGAGAGUUACCAUAUAUAAGCAAUCAAAGCAACUAGAUUCUAGAGACUAUGGUGAUAUAGUUGUGCAUAUUUAAUAUAUGUAUGCCUUAAACUUGUUAAGUUAAAUUUACGUAUGGUCUUUUGUAUGCGAAGAAGCAUCCUUUUUUCUGAUGGAGCCUCUCACAACACUAAUUAAACUUGAGCUGUUUUUCUAUCA